AUGCACGGAUUCUGGAAUAGCAGUGAGUCGCAGAUGGAGCCGGGGUCUAUCCAGCGUCCUGCCGGUAUCGGGAGGCCCUACCGGUCUCACCUGCAUCCGGCUUGUCUGCCCUGCAAAAGACGCAAGUCUCGUUGCAGGACACGAGACUCGUCAGCCUCAUGUCUGAUGUGUCAGGUGCAUGGUACUAGCUGCGUGUUUCCUCAGCUUGAUUACCGCUCUGCGCAGCGCGAGGUAAUGCUCUCGUCGCCGCGGAGGCUGGCGGCCAAACCGAGAAAUGCGACUACAACUGGCAGCCCCUCGCACAGCGCCCAGGUUCUAUUGAGUCCAGACGUUAACCGCCAAAUAAGAGCUCGUCAUUCCAAUUCUCAUUCUCACAGCCCAGGGUCACCAGCCAGAGGCAACCCGCAGACAUCUUAUACUCAGAUAUUGGGUACUGGUACAGAAGAAACCCCUUCAAACCUGAGGAGCAUUGUUGCCGAGACUGGAGAAAACAGUUCGCACAUUAUCAGUCCGGCCGUUGUCGCCGACAGUGAAUUUCUGGAAAGCUAUCUCUCUACCAUUCCAGAUGCUCGACGCACCAGCCUGAUCCGCACAAAUGUGGCCUCCAAUCGACCCGUGAGGCCGGUGCUGUUCAACACAGUGUCAAGACGUCCGUUAGGGGUCUCGUCCAGUCAGUCUAUUCCCGCUGCAAAAUCUCUUCUGAGCAAUUUAUAUGCAAACGCCCUUAUCUAUUGGAACAACUCGCCGGCGCUAUCUGCCCUUCGCUCGCCGGAUAUUCGCUAUAUCUGGAAUCAAGCGAAUGAAGCACUCCAUUCAGAGCUUUUCCUCUCUCCGGGCAUAUCCACUGUCAUGGCUAUUAUUCUUAAUGUUUGCGGCAGACCGAGCACUUCCAUCUUCGGUAAUGGAGGUAUGGUCGGGACUGCAGUGGCGUUAUCUAAUGCCUUGGGACUGAAUCGUGACCCGUCAAACUGGAAUAUAUCGCCGUUAGAAAAGAAGUUUCGAAUUCGGAUCUGGUGGCUGGUUGUUUUGCACGAUCGUUGGUGCAGUUUGGCGUACGGCACGCCUCUUCAAAUCCACCGUGCGCAGUAUGAUGUUGCCUUUCCAGUCAUCGACGACCUCUGUACCCCAGACUCAACUCCAGCUCAGGUAGCGGCCGCUUCGGUGUUUGUUGCUUUGACGACUUUGACCGAAGUCCUAGCUCAAUACUUGGAGCAUGUAUACAACGUGUCGAGCAGCGGAGAAUUUCCCUUUUCGAAGAUGUCCGCCAUGGACCUUGAGAGAGCCUUGAGUGCGUGGGAAGAAUCAUUGAGCGACGGCAUACGUAGAAUAGUUGUACGUGGAACAAACCUCAACGCGCCUGGGGCUGCAAACUUCCGACUUGCCUACCUCGCAGUCAAGCUUUUACUUAGACGCCUACAACUCGACGCCGACAGACCCGCGGCAACAACAAUUGAAAACUAUGACGAGGACGGUACAGGCUCGCCCUUCUAUAUCCAGGCUCAGAGAGCAGCCGAAGAAAUCGUGCAUCUGAUGCAAGAGCUAGACGAGUCACAUUUUCGCGGUUUCUGGAUUCCCGUCAACGCAUUAUGUCUUACAUCCGCCACUACAUUCUUACUGCGGACUGCUCUUCGAAAGAGGAGUUCUGCGACAUCCGUGAAUGCUCCGCUCAAUAUCUCUAGAGACAUGAUUCAGGUGCUUCGGUCUCACCGUCAGAGAUUCGCUUGGGAUCUAGCAGAUGAUUGUCUAGCGGCCUGCGGCGAGCUAGUAGAUAAAAUCACCUGUUAUCCAGAGAUGAGUACUGGUGGUGGCGGCGGCGGUGGUGAUAUUGCCUCAGACUCUAUUCUUCCUUGUUUCCAGGAAAAUGGCGAUAUCAGUCAAUCGGUAUUGGAUGAACUAUUUGUCGACUUUCCAGGACUUGCAGAUACUAUUGGUAUCUAG